UCGCAGUGGGCGUGACGCUUUAGAAGCGGAGAGGCUGCUCCUAAGGGGUGCUUGUGGCCUGAGGUCUCAGCGGCGCCCAGUCGGCCGCUCGGCUGGGGGAAAGCGGGGGAUGCUGCGGCCGCUGCCCAAGCGCCUCGGGAGGUUACUGAGCCGCACCAUGAGCCACCGCGAGGCCGAUCCGCGCGCCGCCGGGAAGCGGGUCCUGGUGGCAGGGCUGGGGAAUUAUGGGCUGCGAGGAACCCGACAUAACGUGGGAAUGGCGGUGCUCAAUCAUCUGGCCCAGAAGUUGAACGUCGCUGCCCAGUGGAAAGUGGACAGACGCUGCUGUGCAGACGUGACCAUCACUAAUGUGGAGGAAGCAGAGCUGGUGCUGAUGAAACCUCGGCGGCUCAUGAACAUCAAUGGACUCAGUGUAGCAAGCGCUGCUGAAACUUACGACCUCGGGGUAGAAGACAUUUACCUGGUUCACGACGACCUGGACAAGCCGCUGGGGAAGAUGGCGAUAAAGCUGGGAGGCAGCGCAAGGGGGCAUAACGGGGUCCGUUCCUGCAUCAGCUCCCUGCACUCAGACUGCAUGGUGCGGCUCAGGGUUGGCAUCGGCCGGCCGGUGGGGGAAGCCAUGGUGGAUCGCUACGUGCUGGGCCGGUUCACCAGCGCUGAGCACGAGGUCCUGCAGCGCAUCCUGGAGCAGGCGGCCGACCUCCUGCUGGAACACAUCCUGCAGAGGAGCAGCGGCAAGGACCACACGCCCCCUGGCGACACGGGGGACAGGACACCUCCUUAACCCCAGGAGCUGGGGGAGUUUUUAUGAAUAUGGUGCUGACGGAAAGCAGUGGUCCUGGACUCCUUCAUGGGCCUCUGGGCACAGCUGCCGGGGUGGGCUGGGGGAGCUAAGCAGAGAGCACUGACCCCAGGAAGCUCCUGGCAAUGAAACUGGUGGGGGAGGUGGCGGACUGCCAAGCAGGUGCUAUUCCUGCACCCCCCCUGCACCCCCCUGUCAGGUGACAGGCUUCUCCCAACCCCACUAGCGCUGGCAAAGGCAGCCCGGUAGAUGGCUUGGCUCCACCUGGCCAAGUGCCCGUGCCUGGCGCUGCAGCACCAUGGGGAGUAAGGAGGAGCCCGAGAGAGACUCCAAGCCCCAACCAGGCUCCACCCCAGACCCCAGCUGGAGGCUUGUCGUGGUCAGGGGCGCCUGCCUCCUUGCCCAGCUUGGGAUCACUGUGUCCCAGCAGCACCUUGUCCCUGCCCCUGCAGAACAGGUCUGGGACUUGGUGUCUGGCCUGGUCUCAGCUUUGCCUUGUCCGUCCUUGGUCCCCAGCCAGGCACUUCAGUAACUCCAUCGUUUUAUAGGGCAGUUUUGCAUAGACUGUACAAUAAACCCAGGCGCCCAGUCGACACACGCUUUGCCAUCUA